AUGUCGCUCUACUGCCCUAGCUGGAGUGCAUGCGCAUGCGCGAAGAAUUAUACGACGAAAACGCGACAAAGAAACGCGUUUCCUGCAGUUGCCUCGCUCGUCUCCGUUCUCGUCUUCUCUUCGCUGUCUCCUGCAGACACAUGGCGAGAGGCCGGUGCCUUCCUCGCGAAAGAAACCGCGGAAACCUGGCCAGGGAAAACCGCGGGAACCGCGUACAAUACCUGGAGAGAAGCCGCGAGUCAACGGAGACAGCGAUUUGAGAUGCUGGAGAAACAAAGACGCACAGCCGAAGACAGCAGGAGAAAGGCGAAGAGAGAAGAGAAAAGAAAGAAAAAGCAAAGCGAAGGCAAGAGACGAAAGACGAAAAGAGAAGGAGCAAGAACAAAGAUGGAAAACAGAGGGUCGUCGAGGCUGCUCUCAUCUGCAACGGCGAUCGGAUGA